UUACCUCAGCCAGGAGGAUCCAGACAGAUCAGCAGUGACUCCAGAUUAACCCAUUUCCUGACUCACCCUCUGAUGAUAUAGGCCUGCCUGCGUCUGUCCUUCCACCAUGGUUGUCCCUGAAUCUCAGGACAAAAUGUUCUACCCUCCUGGUGACCUGCAGAGGGAUGCUCAUGUGCCUGAUUUUAACUCCUAUCUGGCAUUAUACAGGAAGUCUCUCGAGAAUCCAGAAGCUUUCUGGAAGGAGAUUGCUGAUGAGUUCUUUUGGAAGAAGCCGGCGACGGGAGCGAUGCUGCAGUACAACUUUGACGUGACAAAAGGGAGCAUAUAUGUCAAAUGCAUGGAAGGGGCCAAAACCAACAUGUGCUAUAAUGUCUUGGACAGGCAUGUGAAGGAGGGCAACCUCGGUGAAAAGGUUGCCUAUUACUGGGAGGGGAACUCACCUGACCAUCACAUGACCAUCACCUACCGCCAGCUGCUGAGUCAGGUCUGCCGCUGUGCCAACGUGCUCAAGCAAAUGGGUGUGAAAAAGGGCGACAAGGUGUCCAUCUAUCUUCCCAUGAUCCCAGAGCUGGUCUACACCAUGCUGGCCUGUGCCCGGAUAGGUGCUGUUCACUCCAUUGUG